AUGUUACUUUUUGUCCAACUGUCCUCUUUUGCUCACCCACCUUCCCUCCCCACUUCAGACACAUGUGUGCUCAAGAGGUGUGGUGGCAACGGCACAUGCACCAAGGACAGCAAUGGAGUGCCCUCCUGUGUUUGUGACGCGGGAUUUGUUCUUAAAUAUGACAACAGGACAUGCAUUGACAAAUGUGUGCUCAAGAAGUGUGGUGGCAACGGCACGUGCAUCAAGGACAGCAAUGGAGUGCCCUCCUGCGUUUGUGACGCGGGCUUUGUUCUUAAAUAUGACAACAGGACAUGCAUUGACAAAUGUGUGCUCAAGAAGUGUGGUGGCAACAGCACGUGCAUCAAGGACAACAAAUGUGUGCUCAAGAAGUGUGGUGGCAACGGCACAUGCACCAAGGACAGCAAUGGAGUGCCCUCCUGUGUUUGUGACGCGGGCUUUGUUCUUAAAUAUGACAACAGGACAUGCAUUGACAAAUGUGUGCUCAAGAAGUGUGGUGGCAACGGCACGUGCAUCAAGGACAGCAAUGGAGUGCCCUCCUGCGUUUGUGACGCGGGCUUUGUUCUUAAAUAUGACAACAGGACAUGCAUUGAAAAAUGUGUGCUCAAGAAGUGUGGUGGCAACGGCACAUGCACCAAGGACAGCAAUGGAGUGGCCUCCUGUGUUUGUGACGCGGGCUUUGUUCUUAAAUAUGACAACAGGACAUGCAUUGACAAAUGUGUGCUCAAGAAGUGUGGUGGCAACGGCACGUGCAUCAAGGACAGCAAUGGAGUGCCCUCCUGCGUUUGUGACGCGGGCUUUGUUCUUAAAUAUGACAACAGGACAUGCAUUGACAAAUGUGUGCUCAAGAAGUGUGGUGGCAACAGCACGUGCAUCAAGGACAACAAAUGUGUGCUCAAGAAGUGUGGUGGCAACGGCACAUGCACCAAGGACAGCAAUGGAGUGCCCUCCUGUGUUUGUGACGCGGGCUUUGUUCUUAAAUAUGACAACAGGACAUGCAUUGACAAAUGUGUGCUCAAGAAGUGUGGUGGCAACGGCACAUGCACCAAGGACAGCAAUGGAGUGCCCUCCUGUGUUUGUGACGCGGGCUUUGUUCUUAAAUAUGACAACAGGACAUGCAUUGACACAUGUGUGCUCAAGAGGUGUGGUGGCAACGGCACAUGCACCAAGGACAGCGUUGGAGUGGCCUCCUGUGUUUGUGACGCGGGCUUUGUUCUUAAAACUGAUGGAAGGACAUGCACUGCCGCCUCGACAGACACAUGUGUGCUUAAGAAGUGUGGUGGCAACAGCACGUGCGUGAAGAGCGCUGCAGGAGUGGCGUCCUGUGUUUGCAACACUGGAUUUGUGCUGCAACCUGAUGGCUUCACUUGCACCGGUAUGCGAUGGGCCAUGUGGCCUGUUCAGUAA